CGAGAGAGCGAGAGAGACAGAAGCAGACAGAAACAUGCACACUUAGGGGUGUGUCUUAGACAAUUAGUUCCUCAAGGAAGUACAACUCAGUUUAUCUUGAAACAGAGUGUCGAGCAGAUCAGAGAGUAUCUCUGAAAGUAUUUUGCAUCCUUUCAUAAGGAGAAUAUUAUUAACAAAUAAAAACUGGAUGUUGAUCACCUGAGCUGCACACACAAGGAGGACAGAGACUUGACAGAGAGGAGGGAGGGAAAGAAAAGAAAAAGCAGAAAAUGGAGAACUUCAGCUCCAGAGACUUGGCAAUGAGAGCCCAGAAGAAGAUUCUGAGCAAAAUGGCCAACAAGUCAGUAGUGCAGAUGUUCAUUGAUGACACCAGCAGUGAGAUCCUGGAUGAGCUGUACCGGGUUUCAAAGGAGUACACAGGGAACCGCACAGAGGCCCAGAAAGUAAUUAAGGACCUGGUUAAAAUCGUUGUGAAGACCGCUGUGCUUUUUAAGAACAACCGUUUCAGUGAGGAGGAGCUCAGCUUAGCCCAGACCUUCAAAAAGAAAUUACACCAGGGAGCCAUGACAGCCAUCAGUUUCCAUGAGGUAGAGUUCACCUUUGACAAAGGAGUGAUGUCAGAGAUCCUUACGUCAUGUAGAGACAUGAUGCUCAAGCUUGUAGAUGCUCAUCUAACCCCAAAAUCUCAUGGACGCGUCAACCAUGUCUUCAACCAUUACUCCGACCCUGAUCUUCUUACCCAGCUUUACAAUCCAAAUGGUCCUUUAAAGCCCCAUCUAAGUAAAAUCUGCAAUGGACUCAACAAACUAAUCGAAGAGGGUAAAUUAUGAGAGUAUGGUGCCCAUUGGACUCUGAACAGUAUUUUUUUGAAGAGACAGACAAAGUGCUGGACAUGGCAAGAAUUGUAAGCUCAGCACAUACAGUGAUUAACUCACUGAUGGCAGUCUCUUUGUUCAGCAUUUUGUAUAUUAUAGUUCAUCACUGUUCUCUGCCCAUUAUAAGAAAAUCACAUUUCAUGUCUUUGCUGGUAGCACACACAAAGACUGAUCACUUUUAAAUUCUUGAUCAUCAUCAACAAGUGAGUCAUAUUGGCAAAAUUGUUUUGAUGUGAAAGAUUUAUGGAUGACUUACUUUUAUCAAUGAGCCCUAUAUUCACAUCCUCUUUUUCAAGUACCUUUUUUUUAAAGUAUACUUACCAAAAAAGCUUUGUGAACAUGCAAGUUAUGAACAGUGAAGAAAAAAGUUUAAUCAUUUUUACAAUCAUUAAUAGCCCUAAAGUAUUAUUGUUGUUGUUGCUGUGGUUAAUAAAUAAUAAUAAUAAUACUGUAAAACAUAAUACAUUACUGAAUUUCCUAACAUUUUUUCAACUGAAGGAGACAAAUAAAUCUCUAAAUAUUCAACAGUUAAUGAUGAAAUAAUGAAUGAAAAGCUGAAAUGCUGCCAGAAUUUUUUUCUGUCCACAAUCAGGUGAAACAAUCAGGUAGAAUGUUGGUAAAAUUAUGCUGAAAAACAUAUAAAUUUAAAUCCCAGUUCCACAAAUUCUUUUCAGUGCCCUCUGGUGUAUCAUUGGAGCAUCUGAACACCUUGCUUGUCAAUGGCGUACUAUUGCUCAUAGUAUUGCUUACUAUUGCGUACUAGUCAUUUAUUAUAUUCUUUAGUUGCCCCAAUUUUAGAUGGCCAUAUAGGCUACCUAUUAAAUUAAAAAAAUGUAUGAUAACUCCAUAUUACUUGAAAGAAACUUGAAUAUUUAAAAUAAGCAGCUUGCAACAUUAAGCAAAUUGAUUAUUUAAAUAAGCUGAAAGUUUCUACAAAACAUUUCAAACCACUUUAGAAUUUUAAUCUCUGGGCAUACAUAUACUGUACACUGUUAAAAAAAAGAAUACUGGUUGUAAAUAAACCAUGUGCUUUUAUAGUUUGAUUAUGUACCUUAUUUCGUAUGGGGCUAUUGGAUCACAAAUUAUGCACAUGAACAAAAUAUAAAAAUUUACAUUGUUGUAUACAAGAAAGUAUUUAUUUUUCCAAGUCCUCAUUUGUGUCUUUUAUCCAUUUGUUAUAAAUAUUGUUCACAUUUGUUUAUAGUACAACAUGCAACAUGCUCAUAUGACAAAGAAUGAAGAUAAUUUUGGCAGUUAGCAGGUCAUCAGCUUGUAUAGUACAAACCUGGGAUGUAACAAUAUGUCUCCAUUGUUUAAUUAGAUAAAGUGCUUUAAAUGCAGUUUAAUUCAGACAUGAAUAAGAGGCACACUAUUUUGUUUCUGUUUGUUUGUUUGUUUGUUUGUUUGUUUUGCCAGAAAGGGUUAUGGGCAGCUUGUCAAAAAUGUGUGCAUCAGAAUCCAGCUGAACACAAUUUUUUUUAAAGCUGCUUUUUUUUCUUGUAAUUUUAUUUUUUUUAUGCUCAUGUGGGUGCGAGUGGGCACUCAUAUGAAACUCAAAUAAAGACCACAUUCAUGAACAAGAA